UCUGGUUAUAAGAGUCAUUCCGAGAAAGAUUCCAAGCUGUUCUCCAUGGGUCAACCAAAGCCCGUAAUCGAACAGCCGUAAAGGAAAAAAGUCCAGCUCUUCCAGGUAUUCAAGCAAUCCCUGCUUUUUUCCCCCCUCUCUCUCUCUCUCUAGGUUUUGGAGAAGCUUAAGCCAAGGAAUGGAAGAGGAGGUCGUUUCGAAGGGGACGGCAGUGGCGGCCUGUACCGCCAUGACCUUGUCCUACGUUGCGAUUCUCUACGCUCCUACUUUGAUCCUCCGCCUCCCACCUCCUCCCUCAUUCAACAGCUUCAUGAUCCGACGCUUCGUAUGUGCCGCUAUCUCCUCCAUUGUUUCACUCCUCAUCUGCGCCCUCAUCCUCCCCAUAAGAAGGAAGGAGGCAUCUGUUCUACUCGGUGUUUACGGAAUCCAAGUGGAUCCUAUUUGGCAAGCUGUGGUGUUUCCUGUUUUCUUGACUUCUUUAAUGUACGCCGGAUCUUUGGUGCUCAAGUCUCUGGUAUUGGUGGAAUCGUGGAGGGACAAUGUGAAUCACGGUGAAGGUGUUUCCCUUGAGUGUAUCAAAAUCAUCGUACAAAAGUUGAUUGCGUCGAUAGUUUCAGUUACUUCCAAUGUUCUGGCUUGGCGUAAUUUUGUUGUGGCACCACUCACUGAGGAGCUGGUUUUUAGAGCAUGCAUGAUACCUCUACUUCUAUGUGGAGGAUUUAAACCAUACACUGUCAUAUAUCUCUGCCCAAUUUUCUUCAGCUUGGCGCAUCUAAACCAUUUAAUGGAGUUCUACAGCAAGCAAAACUAUAGCUUGGUCAAAACUUCCAUGGUUGUAGGACUCCAGCUUGGCUACACAGUAAUAUUUGGGUCAUAUGCAUCUUUCCUCUUCAUUCGGACUGGACAUCUGAUAGCUCCUUUAGCUGCUCAUAUGUUUUGCAAUUUUAUGGGACUGCCAGUGCUGUUUUCACGGAGGAAUGGUAUGGUAAGCAUAGCAUUUGUUGCAGGAAUGGUUGGCUUCCUCUCACUUCUUUUUCCGAUGACACGCCCAGAUCUGUAUAAUUAUAGAUCUAAUAAUUGCAAAUGUUGGCAUGGAUAUUGUUCUUGGAGCUGAUUAUGCGCCAUUUUUCAAAAUAGCUUUUAUUUUUAUUUUUUCCGAAGAAAAGGAAAAGAAAAAGAGAAGCGAAAGUGAUGCAAUCUUUGUGGUGUGUAUUCUCAUUCAUUAAAAAAUCCUACUCUUACGUUAUAAGUGUAACACCUCUUAAUACUGUUGAUGUGACGGGCACCCAAGCAAAUUACUUUUUCCUUUGUAGCUGAUGUGGUAGCAUAUCAAUGCUCAUUGCUCAUCACGUCAGCGGCGUUAUGAGGUGUUGCACUUGAGAUUUUAUUAGUAUUACGAUUCUAUUUAUUAUA